GGUAGCGGUAUUGCGGAAAACGCCGGGACAGUCACACUUCUUAUUCAAGCACUUGUCAGAGACUCUUUAUAUCAUAUCAAGUCUAUGGUUACUCCUGUCCUGCGUUGACCUUUAAUAUUAUACUGUUUGAUAAUUACGCAUUAAAUGAUAUAAAUGUUUCAAUUGCAGUUAUUGGUCUGUGUUACAUCGACAAUUAUAUUUUAUUAGAAACUUUAGUCAAUAUUUAACCCAUUCACGUCAAAUUUUAUAUAGGUAACUUAUUGGAUAUCUCUUUGUGUAUGAGAGAAGUGAAGUUUGGAAAAUUAAAAUUAACACUGUGAACAAAGUGAUCAAAGUUAUUUUAAAAGUGUUUUUUAUUCACAAAAAAUAAAAAUGGUGUAUAUGGUGGGGCCUUCAAUUCUGCAGUGGGAUUAUUACUUUGGAAGUAAUGUUUUUUAAGUUAAACAUGAAACGUGAAACUUGCCUGUGUGAAAAGUGUAAAUCGGGCAUCCGUUAGAUAACUGCGUAUAGAGUUUACUCGCUCUCAUUCGCAAUAAUAUUAAAUAGCGAGUAAACAAAUGUCAAUAAUGAGCCACUCACAGGACAUAAUUAAUACACCGGAAAUAAUGGAGCUGGUGAGACUUCUUCGGCAAAAUGGUGACAAGAUCUUGAGCGCCUCUAGCAAACUUUCUCUGUCGACAAAGCUGCUGCAUAGUCUCAACGAGGCAUUCUCACUGAUUGUAUCAGAAUCCGAAGAUUUGGAUUCUUCGUUUCAUGUGUGUAACAGCUCCAAGAUAGACAUAUUCCGUGACGUAAAGUUCCUACAUGAUUUUGUGCAGAAAACUAUAGGUCUGAAAGUGAUACAUUGUUCUUCCGACGUCAAAGUUACCAUUGACAUCUCCAAGUUUAGACAUUUAAAAUAUUUGGAGCUGAAAGGGGUAUCUGUUGAAUUAUUAAAGGGCCUACAGAGUGUCAGAGGUCAGUUAGAAAGCAUUGUCUGCUCUGGUAGAAAAGGAAUAUCGACAAUUUAUCAGUUACUAGCUGCAUGUGGAGGUGAUGCUGGAGUCGGCUUUGUAUGGGCAUCCUUGAGAAAUUUGGUAUUGCCCCACAACGCUCUCAAAUGCCUGGAUGAAUCAUUAGAAUUGGCACCUUGGCUUCAGAUAUUGGAUUUAAGUCAUAAUGUGAUAACCGAUGCUAAGGAAAUAUCCUGUUUAUCAAACUUGAAAUAUGUAAAUCUAGGCUACAACAAAUUAGAAGAAAUACCUAUAUUCAAUAAGGCAGUGUUACAUUCGUUACAAGUGUUAGUGUUGAAGAACAAUUAUAUUGACAAUUUAAAGGGUCUUCAAGGCUUGGAAUGUCUGACAGAAUUAGACUUGUCGUUUAACUGUUUAACGGAGCAUUUGGCUCUCUGGCCACUGCAAAAGAUGUCGACUCUCUUGUGGUUAUCUUUGGAAGGAAAUCCUUUAUCGUAUCAUCCAAAACAUCGUAUUCUAACCCUAAAAUAUUUACAUCCAAGUUUAUCGGACAACAAGUUUGUUUUAGAUCAUUUGCCGUUUUCAAAUUCGGAAAAAAUGCUAGUUGCAGAAAAUCGGAUCUUUGCAAUCUACAAUCAGUCUACAAAUCAAUCCACAUCUCUGUCCAGUUCGAUAUCUAUAUAUGUUGAUACACAUGAAUUUGACCAAGACAGAUUAAAUUCAAGUCAAACAAUAUCAUUACCUGAGAAUCUAGAAAAAAGUGUAACAAGAAGUAAAAAGAAACCAAACGUCAAAGAGGCGAUUAUUGACGAAAUCGAUCAGGAAAGAGGAGAAUUUAAGAAAUUGCCCGAUGUGGUUGCAUCUUCUCAUUUAGAGUCCUCGAAGGAUUACUUGGAGACAAAGAAGCGCAUUUUAGAUCUACGCGAAAAAUUUGGCGAGAAUAAUUGGCUGAGUAGUCACGCGGGAACUUUUGUCCAGGACAUUAUGGGCCUUAAUCCCGCUUCACAAUUUCCAGAAUCACAAAUAUCUAAAAUACAAACUUUGGCUAAUAUUAAUACAGCAUCAUCUCUUCACGAUACCCUGAUUUAUGCAAUGGAUAACGGAAAAUCUUCUGACGAGUCUGAGUCGCAAGAAAUCGCAGAAUACAUCGCGGAAGACGAUAAUGAGAUUCCUCAAAAUGAGACUUUGGAUAAUCUUCCGAAGCCGACAUGCGCUACUCCUACGAUCGUAUAUGAUCCUAAUGAAGAAGCUGGAGAUUUGUAUAUUGUUCAGAAAAGGAAGGAGGGCGAGGGUGAGAUGGAGAAUGUUUUCCUGGUAAUAACUUCCGAAGAUAUCAAGGAAAGAGAUGCAAUUACUGGAAAAGUAAAGUUUUGUUGGUCGACAAAUUCUCUAUUAUCUUGUGUCUUAGGCAGAAGCGAUCCACCCACAGUUGACAUUAUUUUUGACACUACUAGGAAAGAUAGGGAAAACAGACGAUACUUUGCGCAACCAGACGAUGCAAAAAAAAUUGUGACAACGAUUAACGAACAAAUAGAGAUGCGGCCGAUACUACUCAAGAUCUUCAAGUGCAUGAAAUGCUCGACACAAUUCUCGCAGGAUCCGGAAUUAUAUAUGGCGUUCACUGUUAAAUCGAUGACCGGUGCAAAACAAAUCAAGUGCCCUACCUGCGACAGUAGCUUGGUCAUUGAAAUAGAAACUCCAUCUAAUGUAAUAGAUAAUCAGGUUGCAAAGAAUCAGCUAAUGGAAAAUCCAACGACACUCAAUCUAGCACAUUCCGAGUCAUUUUCUAGUAUUGGUGGAAUGGAGGGUGGAGCUAAAUCCGUCACCACUUCUCUGGUGCACUCCGACUCUCACACCCAAGCUCAAGUCUGUUGUUCAGCGACGAGUUUAGAAGAGUCGAGGGAGUCAACACCGUCUACAAAUGUCCUAACGACGAAGAAAUAUGAGAGUGAUAUAGAGAUACUCAGUAACCCAAGCCAGAGCAGCAUUGAAGUUUUAGAUGAAACGCUAAAGACAAAUGUCACACCAAGUCGGAAACGUUCAACAGAGGAAAAGCGUACCGCGAUCGCUCCUUCUUUAAUAACAAUACCAGAUGCAACGCCAGUUAUAACGCCAGGCCUGACAGAAAGUAGUUCUUCAGGCUCGCUGACGGACAGCAUAUGCACGGCAUACGAAAAUAAAAUGAUGAAAUCGAACAUCGACAUAAAGUCCCAUAGCAGCGACAGCGAAAAAGAAAUGGCGUUCACUCCUAUGACAAACUUGACGUCGAUGCUGGGAGGCUUGCUACAGAGCAUCAAAAUCGGCAACAAAACCUUAAAGGGUGAAGAGGCGUCAAACUUUUUUGGCAGCAACGUGCAAUAUUCGUACACUGAUUUUAGCAGUAUAGACCAUAGAAUCAAACUACAUAUCAUCCUAAAUGUAUUUGAGCAUGAAAACGAAGAGCUUGUAUUUCUUCUUAAGGCACAGAUUUUGAUGCAUUCUAUGCAAGAAAUAUUUUCUGGAUGCUUGGUAUUAUCUACAUCUAAAGUUUAUGUUCUCAGGAUCGAUGGGCCAGAAGGGGAGGAUCCACAACGUUGGCUCCACAAGGAAAUCAGUUGGACAACAGACAGAUUGAGAUCUUUUGUGCCGCUACCAUUCAAACAAGGUGUUUUAAUCGAGUUACAACAGCCUGGAAAACUUGGCGAAGAGCAUCUCGCUAUCACCCUGCUUUGUAUUCUACAAGAUUUCCAAAGAACGUCAAAUUUUUUAUUUUAUAUCACAGAUUUGCAGUUGCCUGCAAGCUGCGAAGUGGAAUUCUCUAUUCCAGAGCGUUACAGCAUUUUGAUGCACAAUAUACUAACGAAUACUGCCAACUAUCAGCCAACCGGGGACAUCGUACGAUUACUGGCAAUGUUUUCCUCCGCGAUCUUGAAACAUCAAAAUGUCACUACCAAACUAAAACUGUCUGGAUUGAUAUUGACGAGUGCAGCGCUGGUGAUACUAAAGGACAAUGUUCAAUGGCUUAUACCAGGCAGCGAUCAAGUGCCUUUAGCCGUUAGGGAACAAGCUAUGAGCAAUUUGAUUGGGAUAGAACAUUGUGACACUUGGUUAACUUUAAAUUUUUUGGACGAGAUUGCGGGUCUCGAAGAAAGCUGGACACUGGAAUUUGUCUCUCCUGGUGCUGUCGAGGCUGUAAUAAGUUCUAUUCAGCCUCCGUGGGAAGAAUUAUUCUCGAUACCUCUGCAAAUAACCACACGCAUAACGCAGGAUGAUGCAGAGAAAGCUUAAGCAAUCAAAUUUCUAGUGAGUUUUUUUACAUUAGUUCGACACUUUUGUCUUGUAUGUAGAAAAUUCAACAGACUAAGAACGGCUACUACAAAGGAAAAACACGCGCGAAUCUAAAUACACACACAUAAUUAGAAAGAAAAUAUUAAAUUUAAAGAAAAAAGGUGCUUACUUUAAAGAUAUUUAUUAAAUGCAUUUUACAACAGAUAUGUUCUUUUUUCCGUACAAUUUUAUACAAAAUUCAGAUGUUUAAUAAUGUUUUAACAUUGUUUUUUGCGUACUGUGUGAUUUGUUAGAUUUGAGACUUGAGUAAAUUUUACAAUGUCUUCAAACGCAAAAACGUUUUAUAAAAAAAGAGAUAUAAAGAAAGUAGGUAAUUGAUGAUUUUCUCGAUAAGAGUAUCAUCUGAAGAAUUUAAGAAUUUUUCAAGAAAGAACAAGAAUAGCAAAACUUUCGCUAUCAAUAUCAAAUGUGCGGUUCUGAAUGAUGAAAUGCUAAUUGAAAGAAAUGUUAAUUGUAAACCGCGGUUGAAUUACCUUUGUACUGACCUUCGAGCCAAAGUUUCUCUACGACAUAAUAAUAUGUGCAUACAGCCUCUUUUGUAUAAAUUUCUCACAAUUUGUGUUGUACAUUUGGCGCAAUUUAGUUAUUAAUUAUUUCUGAUUAUAAAUGUCUGACUGUGAUAUGUAUAUUUGGAGUUUUACAAUAAAUGCAAGACUCAGGUAUUUUAUUGUAGAUAUUUAUCUCGUGAGGAUAUUGUAAUUUAUAUUUUGUAACAAAGCAUAUAAAUAAAUAUAAUUAAUCUUAA